CAACGGGCACCAAGGUUGAGACUAAAGCGCGCCUCUCGCGUUUGCUCGAUGACUCGCAUCCAUUACCGGUUCCAACGCGCACCAAGUUUGAGACUAAAGUGCACCUCUCGCGUUCUCAAGUGGCUCGAAUCCCUCUCUGCUCAAUGACUGGCCACUCCUGCAAGCCCAAACGUCGGCCGGCAUCGCUGUCACAGCGGCUGCGAGAAUUCAGCGGCCGCAGCCCUAUUCAGACUCUUCGAAAGCGAGCCUCAGCCCCGUUGUUGGGAAGCCUCCCAGGGGAUGCUGUCCCGAAAGUGACGGCCGGAUCGUGUACAGAUAAGCACCGCUUCAAGGGCUUAUGGGCUCUGACUUCUGGGCGACCUGCUAGGCAUCCCAUUCCAAUGACUCCAGAGCUUAACAGCCGUAAGAUGAAUACAAUAAUUCUGAGCGUUCUAGUUAGGCCGAGCAAGCCCGACGCACGCAAUUCUCCAUUCUUUCUGAUUGCGCCCGCUGAGCUUUGCCAAACGGGUGGAUGGAAGCAGCCAGUGCUGGGAAAAGCUGAGUUCAAGCAGACUGAGCAUCUGUCUGCGCAAAGGUCCCACGAGUGGAAUCGGUGGAAAGGCAACAGCGAUCGGCUGUGCAGAACUCAGGAUCGCUGUGAACGGAUGCUUGGCAGCGGUUAAUCACCGCCGUUGAUGAUCAGGCACUCCUGUUUGCACCGUGAGCGGAAUGAAAUCACGUCAAAGUUUCCAUUCUCUCCUCCACGAACCUCAGCCCUCUCGCUCGUGCUCUAAUCGCUCUCGUCAUCUUGGACCCGACAUCGGUCAUCGAAUCUCUCGGGUGUCUCCCGCGUGGGCCCACGGAUGCCGCUGCUGUUGACUGGCUUUCGCUAAGCCGAGAUAU